AUUUUCCCAGGAAGGAGGAACUGCAGUGCUCACCACUUUGGGAGAAAAGCAACUUGCUGCCUGCCUGUGAAAGCUCCUGAGAAGCUAGAGGCCCUCACUGUCUGCAACCUUGGCUCCUGAUUCAACACUUAGUUUUUAACCUGUGACAGCAUCUGUACUGGAAGGCAACUGACAACUCUGUGAAUGGCAUUGAAUGUGCAUAAGUUAGUGACCAUUGAAGAUGUGACCAUAAAAUUCACCCCAGAGGAAUGGGCCCUAUUGGACACACCUCAGAGAGAGCUGUACAGAAAUGUGAUGGUGGAAAACAUUAAUCAUCUCCUAUCCCUUGGAUACCAGCUCUGCAAAUCAGAUCUAAAUUUUCUUUCAGUGGACAAAGAAAUGCUGUGGAUGGUGGAAGGAAGAGUUAUUCCUCAACUUCAGAGUCCAGAAAGAAAGUGUCCUCAAAAAAUACUAGAAAGGAUAAGGACUCAGUUCAUUGCAAGAAAUGAGACACCCACCAUCAAGGUAAUGGAUUGGGAAAAUAUUCAGGAAAAUAACUAUGAAAAUCAUCUGUUUUGCGAAACCUACAACCAUGAAUUCCUGCAUAGAAGAAACAAAAUGACUGAAUCUGGAAUACAUUCAAACAAAUGUCAUCAAAGUGGUAAAAGCUUCACAAGUUAUGCUGAGCUUAGAGGUCACACUAAAACUAACAUAGUAGAAAAGCCAUAUGAAGGUUGCAUGUACAGAAAAACUUUCAGUCCUUCUUUUAUUUUUUAUCAGCAAGUGGGAACACAGACACAUGAGAAGCAGUCUGAAUGCCGGCAGUGUGGGAAAAUUUUUAAUCAUUCAUCUAAAUUCAGAAGACAUAACCAAACUCACACAGGAGAGAAACCAUAUGAAUGCCAUCUAUGUGAGAAAGCCUUCACUGAUUCAUGUAUCCUUAAAAAUCAUAAGCGAACACACACAGGAGAGAAACCAUAUAGUUGUGAUUUGUGUGGGAAAGUUUUCACACAAUCAAACCACUUUAGUCAACAUAAGAAAACACAUACAGGAGAGAAACCAUUUGAAUGUCAUCUGUGUGGGAAAGCCUUCACUCAAUCAUGUACCCUUAAACAGCAUAAAAGAAUCCACACAGCAGAGAAACCAUGUGAAUGUUAUCUGUGUGGGAAAGCCUUAUCUGAUUCAUCUACCAUUAGAAAUCAUAAGCAAUCACACACAGCAGUAAAACCAUAUAGGUGUUAUUUGUGUGGGAAAGCCUUCACUCAAUCAUCUGCCCUUCUACUGCAUAAAAGAACACACACAGGAGAGAAACCAUAUAGAUGUGAUUUGUGUGGGAAAGCCUUCAAUCAAUCAUCUAACCUUAAACAGCAUAAAAGAACCCACACAGGAGAGAAACCAUUUGAAUGUCAUCUGUGUGGUAAAGCCUUCAAUCAAUCAUCUAACCUUAAACAGCAUAAAAGAACACACACAGGAGAGAAAUCAUAUGAAUGUCAUCUGUGUGGGAAAGCCUUCACUAAAUCAUCUUCCCUUGUCCAGCAUAAAAGAACACACACAGGAGAAAAACCACAUGAAUGCCAUCUGUGUGGGAAAGACUUCACUCAAUCAUCUUCCCUUGCCCAGCAUAAAAGAACACACACAGGAAAAAAACCAUAUGAUUGCCAUCUGUGUGGGAAAGCCUUCACUCAAUUGAGUCACCUUAGAGAACAUGAGAGAACACACACAGGAGAAAAACCAUAUAAAUGUCAACUGUGUGGGAAAGCCUUCAAGCAAUUAUCUAGACUUCGGAGACAUGAGAAAACACACUCUAGAGAGAAAUCAUGAACAUUCUCUUUUUUUGGAAAAGCUUCAGUAAAUUAUGUUACUUAGUCUUCCAGAGAGAACUCACACAAGAGAGAAAACAUCUGAGUAUCCUAUGUGUGGGAAAAACUUCAAUCAAAGGUAUAGAUAGACUUAAUAUGCAUUUCAGAACACAUUAGACAAACCAAUCAUAUGAAUUCUAACUAGAAAUGUCUUCAUGUAUUCAUCUAACCUUAGUAGGCAUCAGAGAAAUCUCACAGCACACAAAUCAUACUGAGAAUAUAUGUGUGGGGAACACUCAUAACAAUGAUGAGACAGUUCACAUACCAAAGAAAAUACAUAAAUGUCAUCUGAGUGAAAAGCCUUAGGCCAAUCUUAUACCUGAUGGAAAAAUCUUACAAUGGAGAUAAACUCACCAUAGACAUAAGAAUCUCCCCUGAAUGAAAAAAGAUUCUACCAUCAUUCUGACCAUUGUUGUUGUGACAGACUGCUCACAAAGUACUACAAUUAAUGCCUGUAGCACACAGUCUCCCCUGUUUUGCAAAAAUAUUAAUAAAAUGAAUAAGAUAUAUACUUCAGGGUUCCCUGCAAAAUGUGAAACUGAACAAACACAACCUCAGUUAAUGAUAUGGAAAAUUUUUCAGUGGAUGUGCUCCUCAAUCAACAUAAGUAAGGACUUGGGAUAAACAAUUAUAUAUGCCAUGCCAUGAUGCAACAUCUCAGAUAUUUGACUGACAAGAUUUCAGAUAUUUCAGUCUGGAAUCUAACAAAAUAAUGAUCAUCUCUUUACUUAAAUAGCAGCAUGUAUGGAAAUGUGAGUAUGCACACUAGGCCGGAAGCUCCAUGUCAUGUAUAAAGCAAAGUUCAAAAUGAUUACUUUGCUCACAGUCACAUGAAGGUUCUCGCCAAGAAAAGUUAACCACUUUAUAAGCCAUUGGAAGAAAUAUUAGAGAGCUUACACUUAGAAACUAUAUGAAAAUAUACAUCCACUCUUAAAUACAAAAAACUACAAGGCAGAUAUUUCAGAAUACUGAUAUAAUUAUUUAUGAAAAAUGUAGCAUAUUAAUAUAGGGUAGUGUGAUUACCUAGAAAUAUCAAAUAUAGAUGUGUGAGAGAAAGCAAUUAACUUUCCAAAAUACAAAUUCAAUGCAACUUAUGUACAGAAUAAAAAACUGUGAUUUUAAUUAUUUCACUAAUAAAACAUUAGAAAGAAAUUUGAGAGUUCUUUUGUAAUAUUGAAUGCAGGUUCAAAUGAAUGAAUUUAGGCCCCAAAACCUUGUCAUGGCCAUAGAUAUUGAGGUCCCUUACUAGUCUUAAUUUUUAGAGAAUUUCUUCCACCCAGCUUGCUUCACCACUCCAUGGCUUCCUACCAAUUUCAGCAGGUCACAUACAUGGCAUGGGAUGAUAUGACAGAGAGCUUGAAUUUCCUCUCCAUUUUCCUCAGGUUACCAAGGCAUAAGAUCCAGGGGCAAUUACUGAAACUACUGAUUGUGGCAUUUAGAUGUCCUGUGACCUUAGAUUUUCCUAUGAGUACACUGUGGGGAUAGAUGCAGGAUCUCUCACUUCUUAUCUAAAAACACCUGAGAUUUCUCCCAAAAGGUACAGAGUUGAAUUAGUUUGUUCAAAGUCACGUCCACAACCAUUUUUAUCAUAUAAAUUGAGCCAAUUCUUUGAUUAAUGAUAUUCAGUAUCUCACAACAUAUUCUGGGCUAUAAUAAGAGCAAGCUGCAUAUAAAAAACUGACAAACCUUGUUAGAAUGAAUAUUCAGUACAAUAUUUUGAAAAAAUGGAAA